AUGGCAAUUCCUGGGAACUCCCUGGGUCUGACCAGGAGUCUCCAGAUGAAGACCAGAUUUAUCCGCUCUCUGGCUCCAGAGCACAGGAUAGAUCCUUUGCAUCAUACAAGAGAAUUGCCCCAGAAUUUCUCAUCUCGAGGAAUGACUUUGUCAGGCUCCAGUGAGGGAUUUGGUGUGGCGGAGAAGAUCAUACUCAUCACCUUUAUUUCAACAGUUAUCCUGAUGACCAUUUUGGGAAAUUUGUUAGUGAUGGUGGCGGUAUGUCGGGAUAGACAGUUAAGGAAAAUCAAGACCAACUACUUUAUUGUGUCACUUGCCUUUGCUGAUCUGCUGGUAUCUGUAUUGGUAAUGCCUUUUGGAGCCAUAGAACUGGUACAAGACAAAUGGAUUUAUGGGGAGAUGUUUUGCUUGGUCCGUACCUCACUUGAUGUUCUACUGACCACAGCCUCCAUCCUCCACCUGUGCUGCAUUUCACUGGACAGAUACUACGCUAUCUGCUGCCAGCCUCUGGUUUACAGGAAUAAGAUGACCCCACUACGAAUAGCUCUGAUGCUCAGUGGCUGUUGGAUUAUUCCAACUUUUAUAUCCUUCCUCCCAAUCAUGCAAGGCUGGAACAACAUUGGAAUUCUAGACUUGAUAGAAAAGAGAAAAUUCAGCAAAGGCUCCAAUUCAACAAACUGUAUUUUUAUGGUCAAUAAGCCCUAUGCGAUAACUUGUUCAGUAGUGGCUUUUUACAUCCCUUUAUUCUUAAUGGUGCUUGCUUACUAUCGUAUUUAUGUGACAGCUAGAGAGCAUGCUAGGCAGAUUGGAGUUUUGCAACGCGCUGGAGCCGACCACCGGCAUCAUCAUCCAGAUCAACAUACCACUCAUAGGAUGAAAACUGAAACCAAAGCUGCCAAGACGCUGUGUAUUAUCAUGGGCUGCUUCUGCCUUUGCUGGGCCCCAUUUUUUAUCACCAAUGUAGUUGACCCCUUCAUAAACUAUUCAGUACCAGGGCAGCUGUGGACAGCUUUUCUCUGGUUAGGCUACAUCAAUUCAGGGUUGAACCCUUUCCUGUAUGCCUUCUUGAACAAGUCUUUCAGGCGUGCCUUCCUCAUCAUUUUGUGCUGUGGGGAUGAGAAAUAUCGAAGGCCUUCCAUCUUAGGUCAAACGGUUCCAUGUUCUACCACAACCAUUAAUGGAUCCACACAUGUACUGAGGUACACUGUUCUGUAUAAUGGCCAUCAUCAGGAUAACGACAGGCUCCCCAUCCACAAUGAUCCGGAGUCACAGGAAUCUUGUUUCUAGUUUUACAGGAAUACAUAUCAGAGCUCAGUCUCCUGGAAAUCAACA